AUGAGGACCUGGGUCCAGGCUCUAGUGGCCAUAAGCUUAAUCGGCUUCGCUUCGGCUGGCUGGGGCUUUGUCUGGCCACAAACAGCAUGCCGCAUCAAAUGCCUAAAUGGUGGCGUUUGCACAUUUAAUUAUGAUGACUCUUCUCAACACCGAUGUGAAUGCCUUAUUGGCGUCUGGGAAGGAGAUCGGUGUCAAUGGAAAGUGGGUGAACCGCACACUGAUGAUUACUUGGAAGAAGAAAGACGAGCCGAGGAAGCAACAAAAACGGAAGAACAACCAAAGAUACCUGAAGACGAUGGUAGUGCCCAUACUGAAUGGUUAAAGGAACAGGAAACUGCCGCUCAGGAGAAGAAGAGAAUGGAAGAGGAACGAAGGGUGAAGGCCGAGGAAGAGAGGAGACAACAGAUUGAAAAAGAACGUGAAGCGCAUCGUCGUCAAUGGGAAAUGGAUCGAGAGAAAGCGGAAGCAGCGCGCGCUGAAGAAACCCGAAGACGCGAUGAAGAGCGACGAAAACAAGAAGAAGAAAGAGAAAGAAGGCGACUGGAAUGGGAAGAAAAAGCCGAAGACCGACGAAAAGCUGCAGAAGAGCGUGAUAGACAAGAAAUUGAGAGACGCAGGAAGCAAGAGGAGCGUUUGGAAAAUCAAAGGCGAGAGGAAGAAGCUCGACGAGUCCGUGAAGAAGAGGAGAGACAGAGGGCGGAGAGAAGGCGUCAGGAAGAUGAGCUGAAUGCUAAUCGAAGACCGGAACUGACCAGCCAGGAAGAGAGAAAUAUGGAUGAGCAGGAUAGUAAAACGACUUCUGCCCCAACAGAGCCGGUUUGGGAGGAAUAUCAUGAAGAUGGUGAGGCAGAUCGUGGUGAUGCUGGACUUGGAAAACACACCUACGAUGAUACACACCUUGAAGAAUAUGAACAAGCAAGCAAAGAAGAAGGCGACUACCGCCAAGAAGAAACCGAAGAUGAGAAAAUGAAGAGAAUAGAAGAUGAGGAGCGACGACGUGAAGAGGAAAGGAGGGUUGCGUCUGAGGAAGCCAGAGACCAUCAAGACUAUCAAGAUCAACUAGCAAACCAAGAAAAAGACAGAUCAUUCAACGAGGAUGAGGAACCGCGUCGCAUGUCGGACGACGAAGCGGAAGUCGAAAAAUUGACCGAAGAAUCAAACGCUCUUGAUGACCCACAACAGCAUGAUAUGGAAGCAGAUCAGUGGAUGAUGACAAAACGAGACUCGGAAUCCGCGGCAAAUUAUAGAAAUAUUCAAUUCACCGUAAUACUUUUGGGCCGGUCAAUGACGAUGGCGAUUUGGUUCGAGACCCUUUUGGCCGUUGCCUUCAUCGCCUAUGCUCAGCAGAUAGAAGGCAAAAUGAUGGAGGAAUGUCGCGAGGAAAUGAGGACAAAAGGAAUAAGCCCAUCUCCGCCACUGGAUGGCGGAACCUGGUGCAACGCAACCUGGGAUACCGUUUUGUGCUGGCCGCCAACUCGGGCCAACGCUUCCGCUAUACAACAAUGCCCUGACCUAAAGGGCCUAGAUCCAACGAAAUUCGUCACCAAACGCUGUGACCCCGCCGGAAAAUGGACGGGUCGUAAUGAGACCGAAAUUAUUGCGAAUGAGUAUGGCUAUACAAACUUCACCAUGUGCUUUGCCACGGAAGUUAUGCAAAUUAUUGAUAACCUCGCUACAAUCACGAACAAGAAUCCACAAGAU